UCUCUCAUUUGUCACCAAUGUGCAGUGCUUUUGUUUUUUACGUUCGGGGGCCGCCCUUAGUUUUGUUAAUCAGUUGCAAGACGAUCGAUUAACUGGCAACGUGUGUGCUGCGCCCCAAGCUCGCCGGGUCUGCAAAAGUGAAAAGUGUAUAGUGCUUGGAAAUCAAAUAAAUUUAUGCCUAAAAUAAAAUAAAAUAAACAAAAUUUGCGCAAGCAUCUGCUGUAUGUGAAAAUUCGACAACGAUUUGAAUAAACGCUCAAGAAAUUCGUCAUUUGAAAAAUUUUAAUUGAAUUACCUAAUCACUUGCGCCCCAACGCGACUGCUGCUCUCAGUUUUGCCUGCUCUGCUGAGUGCGUAUUUUAUAUAAUAGACACACUCACACUCUCAUAGACAGCUGGCUAAGUGGACUGGGUGCCCAUCGUACAUAGCAUUGGCCCCACAUUGCAACGCUGGCUGGCGCAGUGUGAGCGUCUGGGGGUUACGCAAGCGAAUAGAAACAGAUUCUCGGCCAUGGCUGCGGACGAACUGCUGACCGGCGUCGGUGAGUUGCUGUUCUCGCUGCUGAUUGGCUAUCUGGGCGCCUUGGAGUUUGCCUUUGUGGCACGUCAGCUGUACCAUUGGAGCUGUCAGCAUCCCAAUGGCAGCGAGAAUGCGGAUGCGGCUGCCGAUGCGGAGGAGCUGCCGCGUCUACGUGAGCGACUGCAGCGCGAACUGGAUGAUGCAGCAGCGCGUGAGUCAGCGGCGGGUAACAACAAGGUCAUGCAGGAUGGCGUCAUCUAUAGCAAUGGCUUUCGUGUGGAGUCGCCGGAGGAUAAACGCAAAGCGCUGGCAGCUGAGCUGGAGCGUCAGCGUCAUAUAGAAGAAGAUACGCGCAAAGCUUUAGCGCAGGCAGAACAUAAAUUAGCCGAAGAGCGCAAGCAAGCCGAGCAGGCACGUCUAGCAGCCGAACAGCAAGAGGCCGAGCGAAAACUAAUCGAGGCGGAGCGACAGCGUGAAGCAGAGCAGCGAGCGAAAGAGGAUGCCGAGGAGAAUGUAAGAAAGCUGCAAGCAGCCGAAGCAAAACGCGCAGCAGAGCAACGCGAACGAGAAGAAAACGAACAGAAACUAAAAGAGGCCGAACAACAACAGCGCGAAUUUGAAGAAAAUGCUAGAAAACUUAGAGAAGCAGAAGAGCAGCGCGAAAGAGAACAGCGUGAGCUAGAAGAGAAUGAACAACGCAUACGCGAAGCUGAGCUGGCGAAAGAGCAAGAGCAGCGUGAGCUAGAAGAGAAUGAACAACGCAUACGCGAAGCUGAGCUGGCGACAGAGCAAGCGCAGCGAGAGCGAGAACUGCAUGAAGCAGAGCUAGAGCGACAGCUGCUGCUGCAAGUGGAUGAAGAUGAAGAGCAGGCAAAGCGCGAUAACGAGCUAGUGCAGCGACUUUUAGCCGCUGAGCGUGAACGCAAAUUGAGUGCAACAGAAAGCGAACUAGAAGAAGAAGCGCUGCAGCUGGAGCAAGCGCGUCGCUUAGCAGCCAGCAAGGAUAAACUCGAAAAGAAGCAAAAGUCCAUUGAGGAAAAUGCGCGACUGUUUAUGGAAGCCGAAGAGGAAAUGGUCAUGUUGCAACAGCGCAUGUUGCAAGCUGCACAGGAAGACGAAUACGCUGGCAUGGUGCCCGUAGUAGAAGAGCCGUGCAUAAAAAAAAUACUGCCGCCUCGCUUUGAAGCACCCGACAUGGAUGAUGAGGAGCCCAUGAUGGUGCAACGCGUCAAGACGCAGUUCGGGCAAAGCAGCAACGCCAGCGAAGAGCCCUAUGCAAGCAAAAGCAAAACUUUAAUGUUUCCCAGCGUUGAUGAUGAGGGUUCCUCCGUGGAACCCAAUUCCAGUCAACAGUCUUCAUUUAGCACACAAGCCUCAGAGGAGCGACCACUCAUACUGGCAGAGAAUGAACGCGAGCGUCCAGAGCCAGAGGGUGAAGACAAUGUGCCUGAAUAUACGGAAGAGUAUUUGCGUUCCUUGGACGGCAUAAAGCAGCGUCCGCUUGUGCGUGAGGAUGGCUCGGGACGUAGACGCGCUUUUAAAAAGCGACGCUCUAGCGGCAGCAGCAAUUCCUCACGCGAGUCACGCACAUCACGCGAUGAAGAGCUCAAAAUGUUUACAUCGCUGGAAGAAGAGGAGCUCAGGCAUGGCGACAAGGAGGAUUACAAUCCUAUAAAGUACAGCAGUGAGCCAACAUUGCGUGUCAAGUCGCAUCACAGACGCCACAAGCGCAGCCCGGCCAAGGAUGUGAAGCCGAGCGGCGAUGCUGGCGCAGGUUUGGAAAUGUUGGGUGAAGAGCAAACAAAUCCCUGGGGUGAGGUUAUGCCCGAGCACUACAAAGAUACAGAGUUCUGGAAGCGUGAGAAGGCCUUGUCCAUAGACGAAGAGGAGCUGGAGCGACACUCAGCGGGUGAAGAAGUAGCCAAAGAGCUGCCCAAGAGCGAACCCAAGAGCAGCAGCUUUGAAGAAGCCAACGAGGCGCAAAAUGUUGAAGCAGCCGCAACGUUACGGCAGCAGCAGCAGCACUCCAAGGAGCAACUGGAAAAGGACAGCGCAGCACAAACGAGCAGCAGCGAUAUUAAAACCAAUCUGCAAACCUCCAGCACAGCAGAGGAGCAGUCCCGCGGCGGCUCACCCGGCAUGCGUCGCAGUCCACGCAUCGAUGAAAUGGAUCACUACGAAGAGCGUUGGGUUGAGAACGAAGCAGCCAACAGUCCACCGCCCAGCAUAACAAUACGACAACCAGAUACUGCUCCCUGGCGUGAUGAGUACGGUUUGGUCAUGGAAGGCCUCAGCGACUUUUAUGACUUUACCGCAUCCGUUAACCCAUCAAGAUCGCGCUCCAAUUCGCGCAAUCCCUCACCAACGCCCAAGAAUGUGGCCAAUCGCAUGGAUGUGGAUCUGGAGCAUACGCUAGAGAUCUACGAUGAUACGCAGCAGGGCCUGCUAGCUGGCGAGCUCAACUGCGAAACUGUGCUGCAAAUGUUAACAAGCAGCAUGAAUGGACAUCAAGCCGAGCUGCCGCUGCAGAAUGUUGCAGAUGAUGUCAAGCAUGGCAGCAAUCAGGUGGUGUCCAUGGUCUAUGAAACGGUGGAUGAAAGCACGCAGACUACAAUGAGCUUUGAGUCGGCAGUGGUAACGCAACAAGCGCGCGCACGCUCACAAUCUUUGCCGGAAAGUCUAAGCGAUUUCAAUCAGCAGCAGCAGCAGGCAGCAAUGGAGCUGGAAGUCAAUGGCGUGGAUGCUCAAUUGGAGGCCGCAUUGCCGCAGCCUGUUAUCGAAAUUAAUGCGUUGGCUGAUGAAGAGAUGGAGCCAGCUGAAGUGCUGCCCACACGCGAGGAAAUGCGUCUCUUUGUUGAAACUAUGCGUGCAGAGCGAAAUUCACGCUCACGCUCACGAUCGCGUUCACCUUUGCCCACAGCUGAUAAUCUAGCGCGUAGCUUGGAGACGCGCAGACAAAAGCGCAUCAGACAAAACGAUGAGCUCUUUGAGCAGCUACAAGAUGUGAAACCAGCAAGCUCAGCUGCGCCGCUUAAUGUGCCUAUGAUAUCCAUAGAAGCUGCUGAUGAGCCACCCAACGUGCCCAUGAUAUCCAUAGAAGUAGCUGAAGAGCCAGUCAAAGAUGAAAUGGAAGAUACGCCCGAGAGCAUGGCCAAACUAUUUGCUGAGCUGCGUAUGAAUCGUUGUCGCUCACACUCGCGCUCACGCUCAAAGUCUCCAUUGCCCACUGCUUCGAAUAUAGAGCAGAGCUUGCAACACAGACGCGAGAAGCUGAUAGCUCAGAAUGAUGCGUUCUUUGAGCAGCUGCAGCGAGCGGCAACCCCAGAGCCAGAGCUGCGCUUUGAAUAUGUAGAGGAGGGCGCUGCGCUAGCAACAGGCAGCGAUCGUGAUAUGAGAUCCUUGUCACCCUCACGCUCUAGGUCACGCUCUAGAUCACAUUCAGAUGGGGAUGACUUUGAGCUGAGUGCAGCAGAAAGAGAGGAAAUGGAAAGAUUGUUGGCACAGCAGGCCAAGGAGCAUAAGCUGGACUUGCAGGCGCUGCGGCAGCUGCGAAAUGCCAGCGAGGAAAUGGAGCUAAGAAUGGCAACGCCUGAAAGAUUACCCGACUACGAUAGAACAAUGUCGGAGCUAGCUAGAGAUUUAAAAGAUGAAAUGGUUAUAAGCGGCUUUAAGCGCUCCACCUAUGUGGGUGAAUCGCUAGAGCUGGGCGAGAACUACGAGCAGCUGCGUGAGGAGGCGGCGCACUUUAGACGCUCGCGUACCCCAUCACCCGAUCUAAGCGUCGCUAGAGAGAAAGCAGCUGCUCAACGUGAACUGCAAGCUGCCAUAAUAGAUUCGCUAGUCAGCUCAAGCGGUCAAGAGGAGAAUCGCUUGGGCGCCAAGCCUAAAACGAAUGAAUACGAACGCAACUUCUCCGAGCAGCUCAAGGAUACGCAGCGCAUGCAACAACAAGCCUUGGAAAGCGGCUUUAAACGUUCUACCUAUGUGGGUGAAUCACUGGACCUGAGCAUUGACGCCGAACUGGAUGAAGCGCGUGCGAUGUCGGAUUUUCAACGCUCACGCAGUCAGAGUCGCUCACCAGCGCCCGCUGAGGAAACCAAGCUGGAUGCCUUUACCGCUUCCAGCGUUAACUUUCAAAACUUUUCGCGCUAUCUAAACACAGAUUUUUUAGAGAGUGAGCGACGCGCUUCAGACUCAGCGCUUAUACAGCUUGAGCCUUAUGCCUAUGUAGAUCCAGAGGAGUAUCAUCAUUAUAGACGCUUCUCGCUGGCGCAGGAGCAGCCUGUAGAGGAAUACCCAAGCGAUGAGUGUGUUUAUAUAUCACAAAUUGAAGUGCAUUCGCUUACAGGCAAGCGCACUUGGAUUAAAGAGGAUUUUUAUACACACGACUUGCGCAGCUUUAAUGAGGAGAUGCUUAGCUUUGUAGAAGAAGAGCGCAAAAAGUCUGCGGAAUACCUAAGCGAAGGCUCUUGGGCACAAGCUGUGCUGGCUGCUGAGGCAGAAGCAGCUGAGUUUGAUGCCACUAGCGCUAUAUAUAAUUUCGAUAUUGUUGAGGCACAAGAGGAGUUUAGCAGCAACGACGACAAUGACAGCGAGGAUGAGCGACAAACUGUUGUUGAAAUCGACGACGAUGAGGAAUACGAAUUUGAAUUAGAUGAGGGCAUCUCAGACAACAACGAACGCACACAGCCCACAGACGAAUCGCAUCAUGAUACUUCAGAGUGUGAGGAAGCUGAACGCAAUGCAGAUCGUUAUGCUAAUCGUGAUGCGCAAGAUUGGGAGGAAGUCGAUAAUGUGCAGGAUUAUGGUGAAUUUGGCUUAGACGAUGGCGCUGUAGGUGGCUCCGAUCCGGAUUCGUUUAUAGAACAGAUAUACAAAGAUGCUGUGAAGAAUCGCAAGCAGUCCGGCAUACUGAGAGAUUAUGAGACUAUGAUACAGGAGCAGCUAACAACAGAAACGGAAGAGCAGAGCGAUUCGGAUAAAGAGCAAAAUAGUGCAGAAAGCGAACGCUAUGCGCUGUGGGCAAAGACACGCGAACUGAGCAGAUCGGAGGAGCGCAACAGACAUAGGGAAGUGGAUCUCGCACUUGGCUUAAUAGAAAGCGAGCGUAGAGAUACUGAAAUGCGCUAUCUGAGCGAUGCCCACAUGGCUGCGCGUCAAUCUGCGCGAUUGCGUACGCGUUAUGGUUACAAUCCGCAACUGCAAGUUGAUGUAGAGGAUGAUGAUAUAGAAGUUGAUCUGAACUACAAGCCAAAGCGCGAGUAUAAUUGGCGCAAGAACUUUAAGCUGGAUGAUGACAAUGAAACGCCGCAGAGCGAGGCACAGCUGGAGGAGCAAAAGAAGCUGAGAGAGGAAUACGAACAUGAGCAACUGGUGGCGGAUACUUUGGCUGAGGAGAGCUACGCAGAGCGGCAGCCUGAGCAGCCAAGAGAUGAGCUCGAUUACACUGAAGAGGACUUGGCUGAAAGUAUGGAAGCCUAUGAUGAUCGUCGCUUUAGCUUGGGAGGGGAAAGCAUAACGCUGUUCAGUCGCAGUCCAGUUAGAGAAGUGUUAUCCGAUGUGCCUGAGGAGGAGCUACCAUUACCUGAGCAGCCAUUGGCUGAGGAAAAGCCCAAGAAGAAAAAGAGCAAAAAGAAGACGCGCAAGGGCGAAGCACAACGCGAUGACAACGACUCGGAUAAUGGCAAUGCCAAAGAGGAGCGAGAAGCUGAAGCUGCUGAUCCGCCCAAGCGUAAAAUGCGCUCCAGACGCAGCUCCAAAAGCGGCUUAGCCAACGAAGAGACCAAUGGCAAUGGCAAUGCGCUGUCUCCAAGGAACAGCAUUGGCUUUGAAACGCUUCAGGACAUAGCAGAAUUUGAUGCUGGCGAGGCGACAGCACAAAAGAAAAAGUUAAAGAAGCGCAAGAAGCUGAGCAAGGAGAGCAGCCUAACAGAGUCGGAGCAGCCCGCCAGCGUCAUGGAUGCAGCUUUGGCAGCAGCGCUAGCUGAGAUUGCGCCCAUAACAGUUUCGGCCUCGACCAAUCUAACGCCAGCUUCAACCCAAGCGAAUCUGCUUUCCAGCAUAAGCUCCGCUAGUCUUUGCAUCACACCUGCCUCAUCCUUUGAUGAGCCAGACAGCGCCAUCUCCUCCUCGCUUAGCAAUGCUACAGCUGUCAGCUCAGUAGUAACACCCGCACGCUCUGUCGUUGACACCUUUGACAUACUUAAGGAUGCCAACUUUUAUCCGCUUUUCUGAACUACACUUGGUUUAUAUAUUAAAUUUAUUAUUUAUUUCUCUUAUAGACAUGUUCAUAAUGCCCACAAAACUCAAAAAUAUCCCAAAAAAAUUGUGCACGCUGUUCAAAUUCACACACCGCGCUGCCCGCAAAUGCACUGAGGAAAAAUGCUCACAUUAUCAGAUUCAGAUCAGAUAUGUAUUAUACUAACGACACGACCACAACGACAAAUGAGUAUCCAAAAUAUAUAUUAUUUAAUUAUUUAUUUAACGUUAAAUGAAAAUAAAAUGAAACUAAUUUAAAUUUUAAGCUUUUAGCGUUGUAUAUAAAUAUCAAAUGAUGUAAAGAUUUCAUUCAUUCAGCUAAAAAUAAAUAAAUCCCAAACAAAAA